ACAUGGGAAUCAGCAGGAGAUGACCUUGGCUGAUCUGAUCCAGUAUAUAAAGGAAACGCAUGGAUUGAAUGUCUGCAGUCUAUUCUACGGACCUGCUAUCCUCUACAAUGGACACGAAGACAGGCUGAAGAUGAGUGUGUCUGAUGUGGUGAAAAAGGUAACAAAGGCAGAGAUCCCUUCUCAUAAAAAGGUCCUGGAGUUGAUUCCUUCAUUUGAUGAAGAUGAAGACUGUGAGACGGUACCGACCAUCAGGUACCGGCUCAAUUGAUGCAGGCGACCCAAAGUUUCUACAAACUCCUCACUCCUGAGAGCUCUUGUAAUAGAUGAAUGACUUGAUUUUAAAGCUCCUGUUUUUGAAAUGUGAAUGAUUUUUCUUUAUGACUUAGAGUAUCUUUUCUCGUCGGUUUUUAUUAUUGAGCACUUCUUACGCUAUGUCUGAAAAGAUCUUUCCUUAGCCAAGUCACACAAAUUCUACCAUUCUGACAAAAAUGAUGGGACUUGUGCUUCUGUCGUUUGCCACUUUAUUCUGAUUUAAGAAGCAAUUUCCAAAAACUGUCAUUCCUGAAGUGAUUUUUACCAUAAAUUUUAGCACAAACUCCAGUUGGCUGCUUUUAAAUUACAAAUAGUUUAUUUUCAGAAGUCUUAAAGGUGUGAUGAUGCUUCCAGGCCAUUAAUUGACCUGAUGCUUCGUGGCAAAGCUGAUUUAAUUCAGGUUAGACGAGUCUGAUACUGAGGGGGUGCAG